GGAAGAGAAUGAGAGGGGUAUGGAGGCAGGUGAGGGGGGGGGGGUUGUACAGAGGGAUAAGGGAUGGAGGGAGGGAGAGAGAGAGAGAGAGAGAGAGAGAGAGAGAGAGAGAGAGAGAGAGAGAGAGAGAGAAAGAAAGAGACUGAGAGAGAGAGUGAGAGAGAGAGAGAGAGAGAGAGAGAGAGAGAGAGAGAGAGGUGGCAUGCAGCCAAUGGAGAGGACAGGGAAAAGUUGUGGAAUAGCCAGAGGGACAGGCAGGGAGAAGAAGAGGCAGCUGCACCGCGACUCUGCUGUGGAGGAACGAGAGCAUCGUCUCAUCCCCCUGUCCCUCUGUCUCUCCCUCCGUCUCCCCCCUCUCCUCCUCUCUAAUUGUCUCCCCUCCUGGCUGGCACUGCAAUGUGGCUGUCUCCGCAGUGAAAGUGCCGGCUGGCAGAUUCUCCUUGAGUGAACCCUGACUGUGCGCAGUGAGCGUUUGCCUCCUCGCCUGUCCACGCUGCACAGCCUGCGAGCGAGGGACCGGCUGCAGAGCAGUGCAGCUGGGGCUCACUUCACCCAGGACCAGCAGGUGCCACACUGGGAUGUGCCUCCUCUAGGGACCAGACACCCGGACAGAAGCCUCCAGAUUUAGUCCAGUGUACCAGAGAGGCUACCAUCAGUCCACUGGCUGUCCUGAGUCUGGGGCCGGAUCCUGCAGCACUAUUUGUUUUGGAGCAGAUCUGGGGGCCAUGGAGGUGCUGAGUGUUGGGGUCGACCCCACGAGGUUGGGCCCUUCAUACGCAGCCACCGGCCUGAUCUUCUCUUUGCUGCUUGGUGUUUGGUCUGCUCAGGCCCUGGAGAUGUUCGUAGGGAAGAUUCCCUUCCUUGAGGCCGUGAAUGGCAGCACAGUCCUUUUGCCGUGCACUUACGCCAGUUGUAUCGGCAUCGAGAAUCUCUACUUCAACUGGCAGUACAACGAAAACGGCACCAUGCAAAAGGUGUGCGAAUCACUGAUAGAGUCAGAGGAGUCGGUGCCACAUGUCACCAUAUACAGAGAACGAGUGGAGUUUGUGGGGAAGAACCAUCACAACAACGUCUCCAUCUUGCUGUGGAACAUCACCUUCGAUGACGCAGGACAGUACACCUGCUUUGGACGCAAUCCAAAAGAGAAGGGCAGGAACCACAGUGCCAUCUUCCACCUCAUUGUGGUGGAUGAGGUGAGGGUGGUGGAUAAGACACUGACCAUCAUCAUCGCCUCAGCUGUGGGCGGAGCCAUUGGGUUUCUGAUGGCCUUCAUGUUGCUCAAGAACUUGACUAUUUUUAUUCUUUCCAAGCUUGAGGAGAAAAAUAAGGAGUGCCUUGUAACUUCAUCAGGGAUCGACAACACAGAUAAUGGCCUCUCAGGAUCCAAGGCUGACUCAAAACCAACACCAAAAAAGAAAUGAGGAGGUGCAUGUGUGGAAAACCACAGGAGUGAUCAUAUCCUUUUUUGCAUAUAUUCGUAUAUGCACAUGUGUUUGGACACAUGAACCAACUCCUUCCUUGUUAUCAUCUUCAAAGCUCUGCCUGGCUGUGGGACUACAUCACAUGUGCAGAUUAUAUCAAACUAAAGAAUGUGCAAAUCAUAAGUGCAUACGUAUAGUGAUUAUUUAAAAGGUGCACAUAAUUUAAUUACAUCAAAAGGAGAAACGCAGCUACCAGAGACUCUCUAGCUUGACCUAUUUAGGAUUUAUUGUCCUACCUUUGCCCACAUUGUUCAGCACAUUAUUUGUCCAAUGUUAGUUAAGAUAGGGUCAAUGAUACAAUGCACGUGUUGGACGAGAAGGAAAGGUCAGCUCAGGCGAUGAAAUAAGUGUAAUGUCCUGGAGAAUAUUAAGUAAGAAAAAGAAGAAGUAAGAUAAUUUAGAUAAAGUUAAUUUAGAUAAUUUAAAAGAGCUCAAUAUAGAAUAAUAAUCAAACACAAUACUAUAUACAUUAGAGAGUGCAAGGUUAAAACCAAGGCGACAAGCGUAUGCUGUAUAAGUAUAAGUAUAUGUAUAGGCUAUAUAAGUUAUUGCACAUUUUCCAGCGGUGAUUAACUAGAGAAACUUAUGGGACAGGCAGUUGUCUAAUAUGUGUACAUGGUAUGUGUGGUUGUGCACUGAGUUUAAUCUAACAUCAGAACUCUCAAUGUCUCUGGUAAAUUAACUUGUCAGAUUAUAACCUAAUUAUGUGCACAUUUUAUCAAUUUCGGGAGACGUUUUAUAUAAUUUGCACAGUUAUGAUAUUGUAUGGGUUGAAAUGAUAAACAAAGUGUUAUGCCAUGUGUAAAGCACUUUGUUGCAUAUCAAUCGUCUGUCCAUUCAAUAAGAAAAAACUCUUUGACUGUUUUUCAUCAGAACAAAAAAAAAAAAAAAACAUUUCUGCAAGUACUUGACAAGUACAUGGGGCUGAAUCCUGAUUUAAAUUCUAGCGAAUUCACAAUAGACUUCAACCAAAAUCAAUAUUUGUGAUGUGCUAUAAUUUCAAGCAGCUCUACUUGACAGAUCUACUGAUCGAUUUGGACUUUCCAAAAAAACACCCAGUAUAAUGUGUGAUUUAUUAAAAAUGAGUCUAAAGUAAAUGUUAAGAUGUAGCACAGAGGCUAUAUUGACAAAAAACAUCGUAGGACUCAGCCGGGUUCUUCAUCUUGUACCUUCCCUUUGCUUGAUAUAAACACAGGUGCCUGUUAGUGCUUCUGAUGCUCCUCCGUCAGCGAGGACGACGACAUAUUGCUACACACUUUAUAAAACUCGGCAGACACAAAUAACACAACCAGCUUCUGAAACGAAACCAUAGACAAUCCCUUGAAUCAAUCUCCCCAACCUUUAGAUCAAAGAUUGACCCUCUGACGAUGCUGCUUAAACACAAAUAACCAAUGCAUUCUGAGCAUGUGCAACAUGGGGCAGAAUUUAGAUACAGUGCUUGACAAUAGACGUUCAUACCUUUUGGUGAAAAAAAAACUUGUUGUAAUAUACUAACACCAGAAGCGUCCCCGCUGAGGUUAACUGUAAAUCCCAUUUAAUGCCAUGCUACUUCCAUUGUGCUAACCCUCGCUAAGGCUAAGCACUAUAUGGACGUGGACCUCUUUUGGCUGUGCCUGGAUCAGGCUCCACAUAUUAUCUCUGCUUAGUAAGUGCCUCUUCAUGGAAAUGGCUUGUUUCUCUUGAACACUGAUAAAUGUUCAUUAAGUCAGUGUUUUAUUCUUUGCAAUAAAUAAUCCUUACCUGCUGAAACAUAGAGCUGGUUUAUGGGUGAUUUCCAUACGUGAUCAUUUUAACCAUGACGAUCUAAAGCCGUGUGCAGAGCUGGGAAACCAGAAUGGAAUUUUCUAUCUUUAUUAGAAAAAGUCUGUUUUUUUUUCAGUUUGAGACCAGGACUUUUUUCUGUUCCGAUUUUGUAAUGCUCUCACUCAAACCCCUUCGCUUGCACUCAAAUAUCCACUGCUUGUACCUGCACUCCGGCAGAGAAGAAAUCAGAGAGUGGAAGUUUCAGACACGCAUAGCAGCAACGUGAGUGUGAGGAGAAGAGCUGAAGCCGGAGUGCAGGAAGUCUAAGCACAAGCAGAGGAUAAUUGUGUGCGAUCGCAGGGAUUUGAGUGAGAGCACCGCGCAAUCUGAAUGUGAAACCAGUAAGUCCUGCUGUCAAAAUGGAAGACCAAGCUAUUGAACAAAGAUCAUAAUCAUUCUGGUUUCGCUACUUUAUUCCACUCUGGUUUCCUAGCUGUGCACAUGGCACUAGGUCUUCAUGGUUUAAAUGACCAUGCAUGAUCAGGGGAGGGCAGGAUGAGUAGGGGGAUAUAGCUCAAGCAUUAACCCUGUUCCAGGAGGAAAUAAGAGAAGCAAUGCUCCGGGUGUAGCCACUGACUGUGCCAAACAGAGAAGAUUUCUACUGUGCAUCACCUCAGGAGAUGAAUGUACCUGCAUCGAACAGUGAAAUAUCAUUUGAAGCUGCAUUUGCAUCAUUCGAGACACUGAGUGUCUGGCUUUAAAAAAGAAAUACCUCUGGAGAGUGGGACAGAUGUGUGGCUAAACACAGUGUCAGCUCAGAUAUGUACUGUUUCUGAUGAUUUCAUGAGACUAUUUGUUACGUUUUAACAAUAAUAACGUGCCUCCACUCUUUAAUCACAUGGGCGUGAAGCAAUAUAUUAUACAGGGGGUGUGUUGGUGUGUCUGGCACUUUGAAUAGUUAUAUAUUUUUGUGUGUAUGUGAUCCAAGUCACUGUCGGUUUGUCAAAUUGUUCACCUAAAUGAGACGAGAAGAAGCCAAACAGCAAACAUGAGCAAAGAGUGAAGACUUCUUAUUCUAAUGAAAUCCCAUGAAAUGGUAUGGUCAAUAAAUUUGAUGUAUUCUUAUUAAAACAGCGUCUGAUGCCGCUGAAGCUUUAGAUUUUGUAAACCGACUGGUGUACAGCAAAAAUACGAUUCCCUUAUGAUAAAGUUUUCAUGUUUUUCGUGUUAAUCAUGAAUAUCAGACUCAGAAACUUGGUUAAUUGCUAAGUAGGUUCCCAGGUCAGCUGUAGUCUGAUCUGAUAGGACUGACAAAAACUCCAAGUAGAAUUCCUACAAACAUUUGAAUGACUUAAUUGGCCUGUUUCAUGGGAUCCUUUAGGAAGAUAUUGCAGGUACAUACUGUGUAAUGCAUCUUAUGGAUAAUAUACAUCUGUCCCAUGUGUGUCGUUUGGCUUUAGAGAGAAACUCCACCCUCGAGCAGACCUAUGGAGUCAGGCUUCUGGUGUUACUUUGGAAUCAAGAGGAUCCAUUUAGCCUGGAUCAUAAAUUCAAAUUAUUCAGCAUCAAAUUGAAAUGUCAAUAACUUGUUUGACCUGUGAAAGGUUGGGUUUUCUCUCACAAAUGUCUGCCAGUUGUUGUCUAAUAAGACUCAUUAAGAAAACAGUGAUUUAUUUCUGAAUCGAUGAAUGGAAAAAGAGAUCAGUGUCAGUGUGGGCCUUAUGAUGACUAUGCAAAUCUCAACAGAAGUAAAUCCCUUGAUAGUUUGUCACACUGCACCUUCCAGGAACUGUAACAGGCUGUAAGCAAUACAACUGUAGGAUCAGAGGCAGGUGUGAGGAUGGGAUGCAGGGCGAAUGGGGAGCAUCCAGAGAGGAGCAUGCAGAGGAGCCCCCUGUACUCGCUUGGACCCCUGCAGUGUAAAAGUCAUACUCCACUGCUGCUCUCUGCACACAAAUAUACAGCUGUAAUGCUCUGCUCAUCCUCAAAUGAUGUCCCCAUUUUCAUCCUGUCGUCCGUGCACAUCAGCUCUCCAUCUCUUUAUUAUAAAAACAGGAAAUCUAAUAAAAGUUUGGAAUAAA